AUGUUUUCAACCACCGGUCUCUUCAAAGGCAUACCAUGUCCCGAGGGCGAGAAGUGUAACAUAAUUCACUGCAUCUUCUCUCAUGAGUUGCGACCUCAAGCCACUGCUAUCUCCGAAGAGGCUCAGGAGAGCGCCACUAAGAAGAGAAAGUUGAACCCGGUACCCGACAAAACCACCAAGGCCCCUGCCAUUCCUGUCACUGCCUCUCCAGGCAAUACCGCCCCUGGCUUUGCAACAAACGGGCUCACUACUGUCAAUCAGAAGCCCACAACAUCAGCUUCAGCUCCGCCUAAGAUCCCUAAGACAUUGCAGAGGCCAGUGAGCCCUCCUCCCAAGCCGCCAACAGCAUCAUCAAAGCCUACUCCUGCAAGGCCAGCUGUCGAAGAAUCGCUGAAUCCUCGCAUGAUUCCUAAUGAUCCCGCUGGUCAUGCAAAGCGUACCUUAUUCCUCAAGCAUCUUCAUGCUGAGAUGGAACGCUUAAACGCUGCAGUCGCCAGAGGCUCGCAUGCUAAGAAGGUUGCCUUGACAAUGACGUCUAACGAACUCAUCAAGGUAGCUCUGGACGAAGAGGAGAAGACAGCGCGAGAAAACCAUAAGAUCUAUGCCAACGUCAUCAAAAUGCGUGUCGCGGCCCUCAAANAGAUGGCCAUUGAUGAUUGGAUCGCCCAUGUAAUCGCAACCAUCAAAGUCGAUCUACAGGAAACCCAAGUAAAGUCGCCGCCGCCAAUCAAUACCGGCCUGCCUCUGGAGCAGGAACACAUUGUUCUCCCUCAUCUGAUCACCGACCAGACCAAUCUAGCCAAACACGGCUAUGUGCCUGUGCCACCGACUGAUGAAGAAAUCGCCGAUGCCAAAGCCGGUGUGGCCGCUUCCCUCAACUAUGAGGUAUGCGAUCGCUGCAAGUCCCGCUUCAGAGUGUUUGAGGAGCGUAGAGAAGAGGACGGUGCUUUGACAACAAACGGACCCUGCACUUACCACUGGGCUAAGCCCUUCACACCCCGACGUGAGAAAACAGAUGCCAUCAAGGGCCCAAAGGAGGCAUUCUACCCUUGCUGCCAGGAGUUACAAGGCACUCCAGGUUGCACACACUGCGAGACGCACGUCUUCAAGGUCAGCGAAGGCAAGAGACUCGCAUCCAUUCUGCCUUUCAUCAAAACCCCGGAGAACCCCAAACCUGCCAAAGGACCCGAUGGCAAAUCGCCUAACGCCGUCACCUUUGACUGCGAAAUGGGCUAUACUGUGUGUGGCCUCGAGCUCAUUCGCCUGACCGCAGUGUCUUGGCCAGAAGGCCAUUGUCUGGUUGAUGUGCUUGUCCGUCCUCAAGGCACUAUUCUCGAUCUCAACACUCGCUGGUCGGGUGUGACGCCGGAAAUGUAUAGCUCUGCUGUACCGUAUGAGGAAAAAGUGGCCAUGGACGCGUUGUUACCGCCUCCACCGCCCGGCAGUUCUGUCUCUUUUUCACUCCUCGAUGGUGCUACUGGUGGCCCACUACCAAUCGUCUCAAGCCCUGCCGCGGCAAGAGACCUUCUAUGCUCUUUCCUGACACCGGCUACCCCUCUGAUCGGCCAUGGCAUCGAGAACGACCUCAACUCUACGCGAUUGUGUCAUCCUACCAUCAUCGACACAAUCAUCCUUUUCCCGCACCCCCGUGGUCUCCCCUUCCGAUUUGGUCUCAAGAUGCUCACCAAACGCCAUCUCGGCCGUGACAUUCAGAUGGGAGGAGCAUCUGGUCACGACUCUCUCGAAGACGCACGCGCGACAGGCGAUUUGGUCCGAUUCGAAGUAGGACAAAGACUCAGGCGAUUACAAAGAGAAGGGUGGACUCUGAGCGACGGCGUUUUGAUGCCACCACUGCCUGGCGGUCCACCUCCAGUCGAGGAAACCAAGGCUCUGGGCGCUGGAUCGGGGGUCAAGAGACAGAGAAUUGAUGUCGAGCAGCAAGGUUCAAGCAAGAAACUCAAGGAGGGAUGA